GACGACUGCAUGCACUGUAGAUAAGAGUGGCGGUGUGUAGGUUAGUGUGUGUCGCUUGAUAUCCACUACUGUGUGUAUGCUGAGUUUCUGCUCACUGUUGCUUCGGUAGCGGCUCAUACGUUACAUACGGCAGUGAUGAUAGAACUCAUCGUUGUUGGGGAAGAGCAGUUUUUCUGCUGUCAUCUAUCAGUGAAGUUGUGUUUUUGGUAUCGUCGUCGCGUUGUCGUUGCCUUUGCCUUAGCCAUCGCCUUCGCCGCCGUCACAGCUGCUUUAGCAUCAUCAUCGCCGCUUUUUCGUUUCCCUCCGCUGUAAAUUCAACGCUAAACGGCAACAUCGCUGCCGUUGCAUUUCAAUGAGGCCAGCAAUAGUAGCAGCGGCGCGGAGCCAUUCAGUCUGCACGUUUUCGUUAUCAGCCGGGAUUAAGGCUUAAGGAUUAAAGGUGCUUCAACUGCCUGUGUGUGUGUGUAUGUGUAUGUGUGCGUGCGGAACAGGGGGCGAAGGAAGCGCGCACAAGACGAAGGUGAAGCGGAAGAGCAAAGGUAGUAUCAGCAAAAAACAAGUGGCAGUAGCAGCAUCUUCAGCAUAAACCGAGACUCAAACGCACAAUCCCAUGCUUACUUAACAUACAAGUGCAUAUAUACAAACUUACAUAUUACCUGCUUUUGUGCAUGCGUUGCUUUAUUUUGCCUAAGUAUUGCUACAUACUUACAAACUCGUAUAUAUAGUAAAUAUGUACAUGCAUAUAUGCAACUUGGAAUAACUUACACAUGUGCUACCGGUUACUAUCCCUACUGCGCCGCAACAUACUUUUAAGUGGAUAAUUUACUUUUCUUCUCAAAUCUAAAUAUAUGCAUAUAUGCAAGCGGAAGUUAGUUCGUGUUCGUGCCGUACGUAUGAGUAUGUUUGUAGCUGUGGCUAAAGCCGGCGUCUUUGCAAUGCUUGCAAAUCUCAACGCUUCCGGUUUCGGUGCGUUGCGAUAUUCAUGAGUAGCGAAAAAAGCAAGAAAGCGAGAAAGGGAAAAUUUAUAUAAAGAAUUUUUAAGUUAAAGUCUCGCGAUGUUCCGCAUAAGUUUCGCAAAUAUUUAACCGCGCCUUCCGAAGUAAACUUAAAACAAUUCGGUUAAUCGCAAUCGGCGUCGCGCUCGCGUUCGCGCUCACAAAUGUCUGACGAAGUGCCUUCGGGGCGCUUAUCGCAAAUCUUCAACUCGCUCACCAAUCUCCAGCAGCAACAGCAACAAGCGCGCCGCCGCUCCGCCUCUUCAUCAUCGCCUUCGCCCGCCGAUUCGGGGCGCGCCACACCCGCGACCGCUGCCAACGUUAGCGCACAGCCAUUUGCCUUUCAUCAUCAACAUUUCAGCAAUCACGCGCAUGCUUACUAUGCGCGCGCGCAGGAUGGCAACGCUUAUUUGCAUACCUUUCCGGCGGCGGCGGCGACGCAAGCGCAUCAUCAUCAACAGCACUUGCAUCACAUGCAAGCGGCGGCGCAUUACUACGUACAACAGCAAACGCAUGCACAACAGUUACAGCAACAGCAAGUAUAUAGCGGCGCGCAGCAGCAAAUGUCGCUGCCGCCCAUGUACGCCUCACAGUCGCUGACCUCUUCGCCUUUGCUCACCAAGCGCGCCACUUCAUUUAGCGGUAAUAUACCGCUUGCGCGUCCGCAUUGUGAAAAUUUGGCGGCGAUGCGCAUCUCGGCGGCGACCGGUGCGGGCUCUGGUUCUAGUGGUAGUGGCGUCUCGCAGUCGACGCCUAAUAGUCCGCGACUAAUGCCGCGGCGCGCUCAACGGCCACCACCUAUACCGGCAAAGCCUAGUGUGGCAACGCUGCAGGGUGCAAACGCGAGCGGCUGUAGUGGCGCUGCGCCAGUCGCCAGCAAUAGUGGUGCUGUAUCAAAAAAAUCUGCCGCCAGUGGUGCCGAUCGCCCGGAGAAGAUGGACGUGUGCGCUGGCCAAACGUCUACCGCCGCCGCGCCUGUCAAUCCUGGCUUAGCCGCGCUGGAUACUGACGCGCCUUGGCCGCAUUUCUCUACGCUCACCGAACACUUGGACGUGCAUCAGGUGAACAACUACGCGCAACCGGUGCCAGAGAUCAACUGGCAAGAACGCUGUCUCGAACUUCAACUCGAAUUGCAUCGCUCUAAAAAUCAAGCUGGCCGCAUACGUGAUAUGCUGCGUGAAAAGACUACGUGCAAAAAUUUUAUGCUUGAAGUGUCUCUGGAGUUCUUCAUAGCCAAAAAUGCGCUUGUACGCUGUCACGCAUAA